UUCCCUCCUCCCUCACUCCAUUUGAUCGAGCCUCUCUCACGCUCGAUCUCUAAAUCCGGAGCCGCAUAUUUAAAUCCGGUCACCGAUUUCGUAACGAGAAAUAAAAAAUGAGAGAAAUCCUUCACAUUCAAGGAGGACAGUGCGGUAACCAAAUCGGUUCCAAGUUCUGGGAGGUUGUUUGCGCUGAGCAUGGAAUUGAUCCCACUGGAAAGUACACUGGAUCCUCUGACCUUCAAUUGGAGCGCGUCAAUGUUUAUUACAAUGAGGCCUCAUGCGGACGAUUUGUCCCUCGCGCUGUGCUUAUGGAUCUUGAGCCUGGUACUAUGGACAGUGUGAGGACUGGUCCCUAUGGCCAGAUCUUUAGGCCUGAUAACUUUGUGUUUGGACAGUCUGGCGCUGGAAACAACUGGGCCAAGGGUCAUUAUACCGAGGGUGCAGAGUUGAUCGAUUCGGUUCUUGAUGUUGUGAGGAAGGAAGCAGAGAAUUGUGAUUGCCUUCAAGGAUUUCAAGUUUGCCACUCACUCGGUGGGGGAACUGGUUCUGGAAUGGGGACUCUUUUGAUUUCUAAGAUCAGAGAGGAAUACCCUGAUAGAAUGAUGCUCACUUUCUCUGUGUUCCCAUCACCUAAGGUUUCUGAUACUGUUGUUGAGCCAUACAACGCUACUCUCUCAGUUCAUCAGUUGGUUGAGAAUGCUGACGAGUGUAUGGUGCUAGAUAACGAGGCCUUGUAUGAUAUCUGCUUCAGGACUCUCAAGUUGACUACUCCUAGCUUUGGUGACCUGAACCAUCUGAUCUCUGCGACAAUGAGUGGGGUUACCUGCUGCCUCAGGUUUCCUGGCCAGCUCAAUUCUGAUCUUAGGAAGCUUGCUGUGAACCUUAUCCCCUUCCCCCGCCUGCACUUCUUUAUGGUUGGAUUUGCUCCUCUUACCUCUCGUGGCUCUCAGCAGUACAGGUCACUAACUGUCCCCGAACUCACCCAGCAGAUGUGGGAUUCCAAGAACAUGAUGUGCGCUGCAGACCCACGCCAUGGUCGCUAUCUGACUGCCUCUGCCAUGUUCAGGGGUAAGAUGAGCACUAAAGAGGUUGAUGAACAGAUGAUGAAUGUCCAAAACAAGAAUUCCUCCUACUUUGUGGAGUGGAUUCCAAACAAUGUCAAGUCCAGCGUGUGUGAUAUUCCUCCAAUAGGGCUUGCUAUGGCAUCUACCUUCAUCGGAAACUCAACCUCCAUCCAGGAGAUGUUCAGGCGUGUGAGUGAACAAUUCACAGCUAUGUUCAGGAGGAAGGCUUUCUUGCACUGGUACACCGGGGAAGGCAUGGAUGAGAUGGAGUUCACCGAGGCUGAAAGCAACAUGAAUGAUCUCGUGUCUGAAUAUCAACAAUACCAGGAUGCAACCGUUGAUGAAGAACUUGAGUACGAGGAUGAGGAGGAGGAAGAGGCUGCCUAGAUGUAAUGAGUUGUGCAAGGUCUAUCGUCUGCUGCUGCUAUUUUUCAUACAUUUUUACCGCUUUAAGUUCCGCGUGGUGCUUUUCAAUGUCUGAGCAGUUUGAGUAGUAAAUAGGGUUGGAAAAUUGCCUAUAUUCUUACUUUCCCAGUACUUUCCCAGUUCUACAAGUUAAAUAUUAAGCCAUGUGGCUGGUGUGAAAAAGUUUUGUAUUGUUCAUGUUUCAGUUCUUGCUUUAAAUGCCAUUUCUGUUCCCAUAA